AUGAAUUAUAUGUUAAGUUUUGAUGCUUUAGUUCUAAAAGAGAUAAGGAUAAUGGAAAGUGCUUAUGUUGCAACCGAAAUAAUGCUCAAGGUCUUGGAAUCUGACGUGUGGCUCUUGGAAAACAACAUAAAGAUGUACAAGCAGAAUAUGGAUAUCGAUUGUAUUAAAGAAUUACAACUUAGUGCUUCAAAAUAUGAAAUGUUAUCACCAGCUGUAGCCGUAGCCAUUCCCAUCCCUAAUCCGGGUUCAUUUGAACCCAAGUUGGAUUCAAAUGAACCCAAUCCGGGUUCAUUUGAACCCAAGUCGGUUCAAGUGAACCCAAUCCGGGUUCAUUUAAACCCAAGUUGGGUUCAAAUGAACCCAAUCCGGGUUCAUUUGAACCCAAGUCGGGUUCAAGUGAACCCAAUUCGGGUUCAUUUGAAUCCAAGUGAACCCAAUCUGGAUUCAUUUGAAUCCAAGUCGGGUUCAAGUGAACCCAAUCCGGGUCCAAGUGAACCUAAAACGGGUUUACUUGAACCCAACCCAGGUUCAAAUCAGGUUCACUUGAACCUAACACAGGUCCAAGUGAACCCAAUUUGGGUCUACUUGAACCCAAACCCAGGUCCAAGCAAACCCAAAACGGGGUUCAAGUGA